UCCAACCGUCGGUUUAGCAGUCAUCUUCUUGCAAGUUCCACUUCCACCUCCAUUGCUUCCCUCAUUUUCUUCUUUCUUUAGUUUUGUCUUUGGUAGCUUAAAAUUUUCGCCAUUAAAACGCUGCGUUUCGUUAUAAUGAGCUUUACCUGACAACCGAAAACCUCUCUCUUUCUCUCAUAAUCUCUUAUGGCGAAUUGGAUCUCCUCCAAACUCAAAGCCGCAGAAAACAUUCUUCAGCAGAUCGAUCAGCAAGCUGCGGAGUCGCUGAAGAAGAACGAGAGGCCUAUUGCAGACGAAUUGAAUCUCGUCGCCCCAGCGAAAAAUGGAGGUAGUGUGCCUCUGAAGGACCAGUUGAAAAAGAAAACCCUAGAAAACAAUAAUGAUUAUCGCGGAAAAUUGCGUAGCGAUCCGAGUCUUAAUAUUUACAAUGGUAGUAUUAACAAGAAUAAUGAAAGUGGUAAUAAUCGGGACAAAGAGAUUGUUGGUACCGCUGCGAAAACCUCUCCGAAACCUAAGCCUACGCUCACUGAUAGUGAUUGGACCCAACUCCUCAGUACGCCGAGUAGGCCAACAACAACAACUUCUUCUUCUUCUGCUACUGCUAAUCGUGGAAAUGUGGUACCUGGUAUUCGUGGUUUGAAGAAAGAUGGGAAGAGAAAAGGGAGUGUGGGUUCGAAUUCAUCGUAUUCGGAGAUCAAAAAGAAUCAGAGCAAUAGUAACAGUGUUUCGAAGUCAGAGAGGAGAGGAGGUUUUGUUGAAGGAAAUAAGUUCAAUGGAAAAGCCAGUGAUGGGGAUGAGUCUGGCUUUUCGGAUUCAGCUGGAAGAUCUUCCAAUGUUAAUGUUGAUGAUAGAAAGUCCAUUGAAGGGAGAGAAUUGGAUCAUAAGGAGGAAAUAAUAAGCUCUGUUAUUAAACCAAAAGGGAAGGGAAAUGAAGAGACUGGUGGACCUUUUGAUUAUAAAAAGAUUUCUCUGGUGGGUUCUGCUCAAUCUCUAACUGAUAAUCAAACCACGGAAACGGUUUCAGCUGUGGGAAAAGCUGAUGGGGUCUCUCAUAUGAAGAAGAGAAUGGAUGGUGUUCGGGAUCGGUUGAGAAGCACUGUAAUGAGGAAGCGGGAGUCCAAUGCAGCUUCUAGAAGUUCUACUACUUCUACCUCUGAUGAUUUGAAGAGAGGUUCUUCAAUGAGCGAUGGGAGCUUUGACUCGGAUUCGGAUUCAGGUUCAACUUCCGGCUCCGAAGUCGAACGGGAGAGGGAGGAAAGGAGGAGGAGGAGGGAGCAGAUUUUGAUGGAGAAAGCUGCGGCUAAAGCUGCGGAGGUAAUCAAAGAACGGGAAAAUAUGGUUGCCAGAUUGGAAGGGGAGAAGCAAAGCUUAGAGAAAAUACUUGAAGAACAAGUCAAACAACAAGCACAAGAGGCUUCAAAGUUGCAAGUAAGCAUGAUGGAAACAAUGGAAGCUGUUGAAUUAGAGAAGCAGAAACAUAAUAAUACCAGAAUGGAAGUUCUUGGGCGAUUGGCUAAACUUGAGACUGCAAAUGCUGACCUUGCAAGAUCCCUUGCAACAGUGCAGUGGAAUCUUGAAGUUGAGGUUAACCAUGUAUCAGAACUCCGACGUCAAGUUGACUUGAAAGAAGUGAACAAUGAAGAACUACGGAGGAAGAUCUCUAACACUCGUCAGGCUGGAACAUCUUUCAAGAAAUUAGCAGCAACAAAAGGAGUCGAACUUGAGCAGAAGAUACUUGAGGAAGAGUACUCUUUUGUAAUUGAUAAAAUUGGAAGUUUGCAAGCCGAGGCAAAGAAACUGGAAGCUAACAUUGAAUCGGCAAGGAAAGAGAUGGAGGAACCAACGGAAGUAGAAAUUGAGCUAAAGCGAAGGCUUCGCCAAAUGACUGAUCAUUUAAUUCAGAAACAAGCACAGGUUGAGGCUCUCUCUUCAGAGAAGGCCACUAUUCUGUUCAGAAUUGAGGCGGUUUCAAGGAUGCUUGAAGAAAAUAAAUCGGCCGGUACCUCAUCGAGGGACAUAGAAUCAGGAACAUGGGAGCUAUCUGAUUCGAAGUUGAGGCCUAUGUUACAAGAGAAAAUUCAAUCGAGCAGGAAGCACUUGCAUUCGUUGGUUCAACAGUUGGAUGCCAUAUUCUUGGCUGGCCAAGUGUUCUUGAGGAGGAAUUCAACAGCAAAAAUAUGGUUUUUUGUUUACCUUGGAUGCCUUCAUUUGUGGGUGAUUUAUAUUCUAAUGUCUCAUUCCCAACCAUCAAAUGAGGCCAAAUCUGGUGCUGUUAUUUCCCUGGAAAAUAUCAACAAUACUUCAGGGGUAUAAUCUGUGCAGCUUUCCCCUAUACCCAGUGACAUACUGAAUACAUAGGGAUGUAUGGAUUCGUGUAUCAAUAAAAUAAUUUUUUUUAUAUAUAUAUGGAAUAUAUAUAAACUAAGUGAAAUAUCCAAGUAUUGUUAAAAUAGUCAUUUUCCUUUUUAGGAUAUCCCGACUUUAAUAAUGUUAGAUUACACAUUAGGUAGCAUGUUACUUGAGGCAUUUCACAGGCAACAUGUCAGCUGAUAUUGAUUUCUAAAUUUUAUAAAAUCGGAAUAUCUACAUUUGAAAA